AUGUCUGGCCUCGAGAAGGCUCUCUUCAACCUCAAGUUCACGUCGAAACAGCUCAACAGGCAAGCUGCCAAAGCCGACCGAGACUCUCGUGCUGAACAGGCCAAACUCAAGAAAGCCUUGGCUCAAACUCCGCCUCAACCCCAGAUCGCCCGUCUCUACGCCACGAACUCGGUCCGCAAUUCUCAACAAAGAAUCCAGCUUCUUACCUUGGCGGCGCGAAUCGAUGCUGUCGCUGCCCGCGUUCAAACUGCCAUAACCAUGCGCACCGUGACUGCGUCAAUGGCGCAAACGGUUAAGGGAAUGGAUGCCGCAUUAAAGAACAUGGACCUGGAAAAGAUAGGAGCUGUGAUGGAGAAAUUUGAAGCACAAUUUGAAGAUCUAGACGUUGUCUCUGGCUAUUACGAGGGUGUGGCAGGUGGCGUCGAGAGCCAACAGGUUGGAGUUGAAGGCCAGAGUGAGGUGGAGGCCUUGAUGAGCCGCGUCGCCGAUGAAGCGGGAAUUGAAUUGUCCCAGGAAAUGCAGCAGAAUGUUCCGGAGCACGAGCUACCGGCAAACGAAUCGGCAGAGAGGGCGAAACUUGAGGAAGGCUUGGGAGACAGGUUGAGAGCCCUCAGAAACUGA